AUGGAUAGCGAUUCAGAUGUUGACUUGCUACAGAGCUACUCGGACACCGAGCUAGUUCGUCGCAUCAUCGCCUCCCCUUCUCUUGCACCUACCCCCAGAGUAUCCCUACUCUCGUCGAGCUUCGUCGCUAAGCACUAUCAGCCGGACGAGGUGGGAGACAUGAUAAAGGCCAUCGACAUCGCUUGCCAACUGAGUAGUCACGCUCCAACUGUGAAGCGGAUCAUCAGGAAUGGGCCAGAUACGUACUGUGUCAUGGACCGUAUUCCAGGAAGGACACUGGAAGAUGUGUGGACACAACUGGGCUGUCCCGGGGACAUGGAGCACUUCUUCCGAUUUUGGAUCAACUUUACAUCCAUGCGAAAAGCGAUGCAAACAGCACAUCAACGUGAAAUGUCGACUCCUGAACACCAAAUGCUUCCAACAGGGUCCUUCGUUUUCACGCAUCAUGACCUCGCACCCCGCAAUAUUCUUCUCAGUCCCUCGGGUGAGCUUUGGCUCUUGGAUUGGGAUCUUGCUGGGUUCUAUCCAAUUUAUUUCGAGUACGCGGCUAUGCAAAAUUUCCGCAUGCCCCAGCAUUGGGGUUUUUUUCGCACGGCUACGGUGGCAUCUAUUCUCCUGGAUAGCGACCGGUUCACCGUCGAAACCCCCUUCGAAAUGAAUCACAACUACGACGCAGACAAUUUCAUCAUCGCGCAACUCCAGGCACAGGUCACCCGCAUCCAAACUUUGACCUUCACUGUGGAAGCACACACCACAGUUCAGACCAUCACCGACUUAAUCAACUCGAAGGGACGAGAUCGGUACAAAUUCACCGAAGAGUGGGAGGGAUGCAGAUUCUGGAUCUAUACCUUCGUUAAAGAUCUGGAAUCUGUUGGUCUCAUACCGGGAAGGAGUGGGAACAUUGCCUGGGAGGGUGUGUCUUACUACUGGCGCACUCCUAGCGGGUCCGAGCCCAGAGAGGUCAAGCAGGGAGUGUUUUACUAG